GUUCAUUCACAGUGUCAUUGUCUGGUCCUCCAUUGAAGGUAUGGCCUGAUUGUUCGUCCCGUCCUAUACUUCCUUCAUACUUGGCUCCAGCUCGCUCCACCACUCUUUCACUCGUUGUUGUCCUCGUUGCUUUGUGUUUCUUUAUGUCGACUAUACUAUAUAACACCAUGACUCAAGACUGACCUCUAAUCGCAGAUUUGCUUCUCGUUCCGUGAUACGCCUCCAUCCCACCUCCUGAGCUGCACCUCCAUCGAAGGGCCAACUGGCAUGAGCAUCGAGAACCACAUCACCAGCUCUAGACUCUAUACAACACCCUGAUCACAAGUAUACUCUCUUUUUUCGAAUAUCUAGAACCAAAUCCCCCGCCAACCACAAAAAAAAAGGACAAUGCCCCUCCCCAAGCUCCACAUCAACGACGCCAGCCCCGUCACCGACGAGCUCGCCAGCCCCGAAGAGCCCACGAUCACGCCCAUCUCACGCAAGUCCCUGCACCAGAACAUCUUCGGCAAGCUGCGCCCGCUGCCCUUCCAGUACCACUGGACGGUCUGGUACGACAAGCACUCGGACCCGCCCGGCGACUACGAGAACCGGUUGUACGUGCUGCACGAGGACGUCGCCGACAUCGCCACCUUCUACCGCGUCUACAACAACUACCCCUGGAACAAGGUGCGGCUGCGCGACACCGUGCACAUCUUUCGCAAAGGCGUGCGUCCCGUCUGGGAGGACCCCGAGAACCUGAAGGGCGGGUGUUGGCGGUUCCGCGUGCCCAAGAGCAAGGCGCAGGCGUUCUUCCAUGAGAUUGCCAUCCUGUGCAUGGCGAAUGAGUUCCAGGCAGUGUUGGAGAAAGAACAUGACCACGUCCUGGGCGUCUCGACCUCCGUGCGCUUCAAUUCGCAUCUGAUCUCGGUCUGGAAUAAGCUUGGGUCUAAUGAGAAGUCGAUCAAGGUCCUGGAGCGCACCAUUCUCGAUCGGCUAUCGCCUGACCUGCGGCCCACGGGGUCCGGGUCCAACUCUUACUUCUAUAAGCGGCAUGAUGAGAAUGAAGGAUAUCAGGAAGCCGUGGAGCAGCUGGCCUUGAAGAAUUGAUAGUAUAUGGUUGUCUGUCGAGGUUGCUGAAGCUGAUUGACGGAUGGCUGUUUGUGUUUGUCUUUGUUCCCUUCUCUUCAUCAUGCAUCUUUAUCUUUGCAUUUCUCAUCCGAGAUUCUUGCGCGUUACUGUAUUAGUAAGGGCCUUAUAAAUUUCAC